AUGACCUCCUCCGCAGAAACCAUAGCAAAAGAUGCCAAGGCAGCCUUCUCUGCCUCGCAGAUGCUGCCUACCAGCGAGCGCAUUCUGGCUUUGGACGCUAUCAAGGUCGAGCUUGAGGCUAGGAAGGAAAGCAUCCUGACGGCUAAUCAAGAGGAUUUAAAGGCUGCUCAGGCUGAAGUUGACGCAGGGCGCAUGUCCGACGCCCUCCUCAAGCGCCUCGACCUGGGCAAAGGCGAUAAAUGGGACUCCAUGCUCCAGGGUAUAUCGGAUGUUGCUUCGCUUCCGGAUCCGACUGGCAAUGUCUCAUAUGCUCGCGAACUCGAUGACGGAUUGGAUCUCUACCGCGUAUCGUGCCCUAUCGGCGUUCUGCUCGUCAUCUUUGAGGCACGGCCAGAAGUGGUAGUCAAUAUCGCCGCAUUAGCCAUAAAAUCAGGAAACGCUGCUAUCCUGAAGGGUGGCAAGGAGUCCAACAGGACCGCCGAGUUGCUCGCGCAAGCCAUCUCUGCCGGUCUCGCCAAAACACAACUACCGGCGACGUACAUCCAGACCAUACAGACGCGGGCGGAAGUGUCUUCCUUGCUCGCUCUGGAUACCUACAUCGACCUGGUCAUUCCGCGCGGUAGCAACGCGCUGGUGCGCAACAUCCAGAACAACACUCGCAUCCCCGUCAUGGGUCACGCGGAUGGCAUCUGCUCCGCGUUCCUCGACGAAUCGGCGGACCCCGAAAAGGCGGUCAAGGUCGUCUUGGACUCCAAGACAAACUACCCCGCCGCCUGCAACGCCCUCGAGACGCUCAUCGUCCACGAAUCCCUCCUACCAACCCUCUGGCCCGUGGUCGCCCACGCCCUCCUCGCCGCCAACGUCCACCUCCAAUGCGAUCCCUUGACCCUCGCCGCCCUCACUUCCCUCCGCUCCCCGCCCCCCAACCUCGCCACACACGUCACCCCCGCCACCCCCGCCUCCUUCACCACCGAGCACCUCGCGCUCACGCUCUCCGUGCUCGCGCUCCCCUCCCUCCCCGCCGCCAUCGCGCACAUCAACGCGCACGGGUCGCACCACACGGACGUGAUCGUGACCGAGGACCAGGAAUCGGCGCGCGCAUUCUGCCGGGGCGUGGACAGCGCGGGCGUGUUCGUGAACGCGAGCUCGCGGUUCGCGGACGGGUUUCGGUAUGGGUUCGGGACGGAGGUCGGGAUCAGCACGGGGAAGAUGCACGCGAGGGGCCCGGUCGGGCUGGAAGGGCUCGUAACGUACAAGUACGUGCUGAAGGGGAAGGGAGAUGUAGUCGGCGACUAUGGCGCGGGGAAGAAGGCGUUCACGCACAAAAAGAUUGAGGGCGCGACUGCGCCUUACUGA